CUGAGUUUCCGAAGCGUAUCAAGAAGGCUCAAGAUUCUAAAAUGAAAUCCCAAGAAGAAGACAAAAUUGUUGUUGUUUUCCUCCGAUCCAAGGCUCUCUCUUUGUCCGAUCCUUACCAACUUUAGUGAAGAAAAGAGCAGAACCCCAAAUUCCCAAUUGUAAUCAUACUCUGUUUAUGCCAUUGACCUCCCCCAUUGGAAUAUACCUCCCUCGCCUAUCUAAGUAAUUCUACACUCUUAUUAACCCUUUUGAACCCAAUCUUUUUUCUCAAAUAAUUUGUACUAUGACUUCUUCUAUUUCCCUUACGCCAAACCCUCGUAUAGUCAUUGGAGAAUGCGAAGGGAAGCGAUCCAGAGUUAGAGUUACAAUGAGCAGAGGUGGGGUAAUUGCAGCCCCCACUAGCCCCCAGACAUUGAAGUUUCCUACUUUGUCCAAACAAGGCAUUCCUUUGGCCGAUUUGCACGUCGAUGAGAUCGUUGAGAGGCAAUCUCGGGCCAACCAUUCUUCCCAACCGUGUAACACGCUGCAGUUACAUCCUUCAUUUCUGGAAGAAGCUUACGAGAGUUGCAGGAAAAUCUGCGCAGAAUAUGCCCAGACCUUCUACUUGGGAACUUUACUGAUGACGAAGGAGAGGCAGAGAGCAAUUUGGGCAAUAUAUGUUUGGUGUAGGAGAACGGAUGAACUUGUGGACGGCCCCAAUGCUGCAUACAUGAACCCAGAAGUUCUUGACCGAUGGGAAGAACGUUUGCAAGACAUAUUUGAAGGGUGCCCUUAUGACGUGCUGGACGCUGCUUUGAGUCACACGGUGUCCAAAUUUCCCUUAGACAUGAAGCCUUUCAAAGACAUGAUUGAGGGCAUGAGAAUGGACACUAGAAAGUGUCGAUAUGACACUUUUGAAGAGCUGUAUUUGUAUUGUUACUACGUGGCUGGAACUGUGGGCCUAAUGAGUGUGCCUGUUAUGGGAAUUGCACCCGAUUCUUCGCUUUCUUCUCAAACUAUUUACACGGCUUCCCUCCACUUGGGAAUUGGAAAUCAACUUACCAAUAUUCUAAGAGAUGUGGGAGAGGAUGCUUUGAGAGGGAGAGUAUAUCUUCCUCAAGAUGAGCUUGCACAGUUCGGGUUAUGCGACAACGAUAUAUUGUCGAUGAGAGUGACUGAUAAGUGGAGAGAAUUCAUGAAAGAACAGAUCAAAAGGGCGAGGUUUUAUUUCAAACAGGCAGAAAAGGGAGCCUCUCAGCUAGACAAGCCCAGCCGUUGGCCGGUAUGGUCGUCCUUGAUGCUGUACCGAAAAAUAUUGGAAGCAAUAGAAGAAAACGAUUACAACAACUUCACAAAGCGAGCUUACGUAGGGAGGUCGAAGAAACUUCUCACACUGCCUCUUGCUUACACCAAAGCUAUAUCGGCACCCAGUCUACUCUUUCACUGACUGCACAUCCAGCAACUUAGGCACUUAGGCAUGCGUUGCCGCAUCCAAACAGAUUACAAAGCAUUUCUCCCAAGGGUUUAUGAGGAAAUUUAAGUUGAAAUUCUAAAAAGAUCCAAAAUUUCUCCCAUUAUUGGUUGCU